AUGUUCCCAAUGAUUUGUGCGAUGUGCUUUUGGCUUGUUGCGCGCGUCUUCGUACAGGGAGCACUCUGCGAACCGAUUAAGAUCCCGAUGUGCGAGUCGAUGCCCUGGAAUAUCACGAGAAUGCCCAACCAUCUCCAUCACAACACACAAGAAAAUGCUAUUCUGGCUAUAGAGCAGUACGUGGAAUUAGUGGAUACCAGUUGCAGUCCAUUGCUGCGCUUCUUUCUCUGUGCAAUGUACGCGCCCAUCUGCACCUUUGAAUUUCUUCACGAUCCUGUUAAACCAUGUAAGUCAGUUUGCCAGAGAGCAAGAAACGGGUGCGAGCCUAUUUUGAAAAUAUACAAUCACAGCUGGCCCGAGAUUCUAGCUUGCAAUGACUUGCCCGAAUACGACCGAGGAGUCUGCAUCGCUCCCGAGGCAAUUGUCACUGAUUUAGCCGAAGAUUCAAAGUGGAUAGAAUUCACCGGAGAUGCGCUUGUCGCGAAGGCUUCUGACUGUAAGACUUGGAAAUCAAAUCAGUGUAAAUGUAGAAAAAUUAAACCAACGCUAAAAACGUACUUGGGCAAGAAUUAUAACUAUGUUAUUCGGGCCAAAUUAAAAGAAGUGAGCAGAAGUGGAUGUAAUGAAAUCACAACUGUAGUGGAGGUGAUUGAAACGUUCAAAUCAUUGACACCUAUUAUGCAACCUUAUGUAACCAUUCUCACCAAUUCUUCAUGCUCAUGUCCUCAAUUACCACCCAACCAAGAUUCACUUAUCAUGUGCUAUAUGUUGCACUCACGUGGUGCAUCCUGCAACCACUGUGCACUGGUGAUGGAAGGAAUACAUUUUCAGAUUAUGGAUAAAUUGCAAGUGAUUUGCAUUGACCUGCUUGGUGCUAAUUGA